UUCACUUCACCCGCAGCUGACACAAGCUACGCCACAGCAGGCUUCUUCGCUGCCACAGUGACAAUGGCCGCAACCACUUUUCAAAUGUACACAGACCUGAUUGGUGUCUCAACACCACGUCUUGUCUUGGUCGGUCUACUUCUUCUCGCGAUGUCAGGAGUCACGUCCGGCGCCACUUUGUCUUCGCCCGUCUCCGGGACGGCCGCCUCCACGUCCAUAGCCACGUCCAUCUCCUCAAGUCCAAGUAGCGGCUCCGGGACACCGACGAUGAUGACGACGAUGAUGUCCACCAGCAAAGCACCCAUGCCAACCACCACGCCCAUUUCCAGCACCACCACAACCAUGGCAGCGAGUCCAAACAGUGGCUCCAUGAUGAUGUCCACCACCAAGACGUACCCGGCCACCACCAUGCCCAUGUCCGGCUCUCCAAACACAGGCUCUGGAAACACCACCAUGAUGAUGACGUCCAACUCCACUGGGAGCAUGGCCAAUAUGACAGUGACAACCAUGGGCAUGAUAUCCUGCCCGGUAUUUUCGUGUAACUGCUCCGAAUGCAAGGCAAUGUACGCCAGUCAAAAUACUACGCAGUGUGCCAGCGGUGAAUGGUGUCAGUUGUUGAAGACGGACGCGAUGUACUACACGGCCAACUGCAGCGCCCCCUGCAGUAGUGGCUGCGCCAACGCCACUGACGUCAACUGCGCCGUCGCCUGCUGCAACAGCACUGGCUGCCUUGACGACACCUUUGCAUCCCUGAUGAUGACGACCACGUCCGUGGCAGUUGCUCCGACCACCGCAUCCGUCACCACAGCCAUGACCGUGGCCCCUACCGGUCAAGCUACGACAACUAAAUCUCAGGGAAACAAAUGCCAGAAAGGGACUUGCACCGGCGCUACCUGCUACAGCAGCUUCAGCAACACACUGGAGACAUGCUCCUCCACACAGCUGCAAUGCCAGUUGAGCAAGCAAACGGUCAACGGCAACACGCAGUGGACAGCGGGCUGCACCACCACCUGCUCGGACCAGGAGCCGUGCAAGGGCGCCACGUCGCCUCCCUGCCACCUGGAGUGCUGCGACGCCGGCGCCGUGUCCUGCCUGUGGCUCAACGGCACACUUAACCACGUUUCCUCUGAUGCCGCGGGCACUCGUCUACGCUCGGGAUGGACCACGGCCGCGAUGUGCCUCCUGCUGGCUUUGGGCCUCCUGUUGUGAGGAUGCAAAAUCCAUCCCCCUAGUCUAUGUUGCUGAUGUGUGCUUGUAGUUUACAAGAUGUUUGGUGACAUUGAAACACACACUUGUACGUUUUUACCCCCCCCCCCCUGCACAUUUGAAGGUUCCGCACAAUUCGACGUAAGUAUUGAAAAGAUAACACGUUACAUUUGGUGAGGAAAAUGCAACAUGAAGCGCUUCCAAUGAUAUUUUGGGAAAUAGAAAUGUGCCUUACCAAUUGAGGUUCGAAUAAGUCAGAUACGCAAUACCUGCAUAAUCGAGAGAGUCCAAAAAAGAUUGUUACGUUUAUUCAGUUAAGGUUUCAAAAGUGACCAUUUUGUAGAUUUCUUUCCUCAUCGUGCAGGCAUGUCUUGCCCUCGUUGUUUUUUCCCCACUAAAAUGCUUUCUCUUCAUUUCUAUCGUUUAUAAAGCCAUGGCAAGAAUGAUGUAGCUGUGACACUAUAUAUCAUAUUAUGAUGCACUUUAUGCAACACCAGCAGGGAACGGUCACAAAGUGUGGUGGAAAGCUGUUGCGAUGUUUUCGCAGAGGCAUUUGUUUCGUUCCUUUUGUGUUGUUCUUAUUGCUGUUUUCAAUUUCCUUGUGAAUGUCUUAGUUGAGAUGACAUGUCGUUUUCAUGUCAAUUUGAAAAUCAAGUCAAGUGUUUUGUGUUGUAUAAAAUAUGGACAUUUCUAUUUGGAAAUAAAUCUUAUCAACCAUC